UAUAGUGAAGAGAUACACUCGAAUGGCGGUGAGACAGAGAGUGCUGGGCAAUGUACAGGAUCUAUCUGACGGAUUUCUGUUAGAUUUAAUGGAUAUGUAACUAUUUACUAUUGGAUUUAUUCAUUUUGUGCAAGCAGCGAUGGGUCGUCGAGGACAAAGAGAACGCGUUUGGAUUCAGUGCGUCGCGUUGUUUUGUUUAUUUGACUGGUCUGCAGCGCAGAUCUCUUACUCCGUUUCAGAGGAGGUGGACAAAGGCACGUUUGUGGGGAAUCUCGCUAAGGAUUUAAACCUUAAUGUUCAGGAACUGGAGUCGAGGGGUCUGAGGAUUGUAUCAGGACAGAGUAAGAGGUAUUUCCAGGCUAAUUUGAAAACAGGGAUUCUAUUCGUUAACGAGAGGAUAGACCGAGAGGAGCUUUGUCCGAAUACGGUUAAGUGCUCUUUAAAUAUAGAGGCCAUAUUGAGCCAUCCUAUGCUUCUCCACCGUAUUGAGGUCACUAUUUUAGACAUCAAUGACAAUUCGCCAUCAUUUAAUAAAAAGUUUUCUACGUUUAACAUAUCUGAAUCUUCAUACCCUGGAGAGAGAUAUCCUUUACCAAUUGCGAAUGACGCAGAUACGGGCAGUAAUUCGGUAAACAGCUACAAGCUGAGCCCGAAUGAACACUUCUCCCUGGAUGUACAGAGCGGUGGAGAGCAGAGUGUGUCUGCUGAGUUAGUGCUGCAGAAAGCUUUAGACCGAGAGAAGCAGCCCGUUAUCCAGCUCACACUGACCGCAAUAGAUGGAGGAAAACCUCCUAGAUCCGGGACCUUGCCUAUUGUUGUGAAUGUCAUAGAUGUUAAUGAUAAUUCACCUACUUUUAGCAAGCCGUUAUAUAAGGCCAGUGUGCCUGAGAUUGUGCCUUUUGGGACUACAGUGGUAACACUCAGUGCUACUGAUUUAGAUGACGGAAUCAACGGUAGACUUGUGUAUUCAUUUAUUGAGCGGGGGAAUACAAAUCCUGCUGAUAUGUUUGCCCUGGAUCAAGACACAGGUGAAAUUACUGUUAAAGGGAAUUUGGAUCACGAGAAAAAUGCUGCAUAUGAAAUACGUGUACAAGCAACGGACCAAGGCUCCUCGCCUCGCAGUGGUUAUUGUAAAGUGUUAGUAGAAGUUAUUGAUGUCAAUGACAAUGCUCCUGAAAUCACAGUAACAUCACUUAUGAGCCCAGUAAAAGAGGAUGCUGAGAUAGGGACCGUGGUUGCCUUGGUAACAGUGAUAGAUAAAGACGGAGGGAAAAAUGGCCUAACUUACUCUAAACUUCUUGGGUCUGUUCCUUUUAAAUUAAAGUCCAACUAUAAAAACUAUUAUUCCUUAGUGGUCGACGGACCUCUUGACAGAGAGAGUGAAUCUCAGUACAAUGUCACUAUCACGGCUACGGAUGAAGGGACUCCGCCUCUCUCCAGCACCAGCGUUAUUACUGUACACGUUUCUGAUGUGAAUGACAACGCUCCUCUCUUCUCAGAACCCGUGAUUAAUGUUUAUGUGAAAGAGAACAGUCUGUUAGGAGACGUCAUUUAUACGAUUUCAGCUAUUGAUCGAGAUUCCGAAGAAAACUCAAAGAUGACAUAUGCAUUAUUAGAUAAAAGUGUUCCAAUAUCAUCAUCUGUAAAUAUAAACUCGGAUACUGGAGAUAUAAUCAGUCUGCAGUCUUUUAACUAUGAGGAGAUACAAACUUUCCAGUUCAAAGUUCAGGCCACAGACUCUGGUGUUCCUCCACUCAGCAGCAACGUGACUGUGAACGUUUUUAUCCUGGAUGAGAAUGACAACAGUCCUGGGAUUCUCGCGCCCUAUUCUGAACACGGCUCCGUUAACGCUGAGAACGUUCCCUAUUCUGCUGAAGCGGGCUACUUUGUGGCCAAGAUCAGGGCUGUAGACGCCGACUCUGGCUACAAUGCGCUGCUUUCAUAUCACAUCUCUGAGCCCAAGGGAACCAACCUCUUCCGAAUCGGAACCAGCACCGGGGAACUAAGGACUAAGAGGCGAAUGAGUGACAAUGACCUGAAAACUCACCCGUUGGUCGUGUUGGUUUCUGAUAACGGGGAACCCUCACUGUCAGCGACUGUGUCUAUUGAUGUAGUGGUGGUUGAAAGUACAGGUGAAAUCCAGACUCAAUUCAGAAAUGUGCCGAGAAAGGAGGAGAACUUCUCUGAUUUGAACUUGUAUUUGUUGAUCGCCAUUGCCUCGGUGUCAGUGAUAUUUUUACUGAGCCUCAUCAGUUUAAUAGCUGUAAAAUGCCACAGGACAGAGGACAGUUUCAGAAGGUACAGCGCCCCAAUGAUCACCACACACCCUGACGGAAGCUGGUCUUACUCUAAAUCUACUCAGCAGUAUGACGUGUGUUUCAGCUCAGACACACUGAAGAGUGACGUAGUGGUUUUCCCCGCUCCGUAUCCACCUGCAGAUGCAGAACUGAUCAGUAUUAAUGGAAAUGACACGUUUAACACGACUCAGACAUUACCCCACAAAGAGGAGGUAAGAUCUACACCUAAACAGGCCUAUUUUCUAUAAAAUUGUACAGCAUCUAUAUUCAUAUUUUGAAUGCCUUGCAUUCAAAUAAUAUGCAUUUCUCAGUUUCUCUUACCUUGAAAUCAGACAUCUGAAGAGUAGUCACAUCGUUUUACACUCCGCCUAUGGCCUACUGCAGGGAUCAUCAACUAGAUUCAGCCUCUGGACGAUUUUGUUUCUUGAUUGGACGAUCGGGACCGGAUCAAAAUUAAGCAAUAAGGCCUGAGGGGGUGUGGUAUAUGGCCAAUAUACCAAGGCUAA